AUGUUUUCCCAAUUGAAAAGAAUGGAAUCACAAUGUAGAUGUGCUCUACAAUCUUCAAAAUCAGGAUUGCUUUGUAAGUGUGCAUUUAACUGUAAGUGUUCCCAUUGUGAAAGUAAAUGCAAAUGUUCUUCUACCGAAGUCUGUCAAUGUGACAAGGAAUGUGAAUGUACUCACUGCAAGCAGGUGAGACAAACUAGUGGAUGCUGCUCUCAAGGAUCUAAGUGCUGUGGAGAUAAUUGCAAGUGCUGUGCUGAACAAUGCAAGUGCACUGGUGGAUCCUGUCAGUGUGACAAGGAAUGUGAAUGUGCCCACUGCAAGCAGGUGAGACAAACUAGUGGAUGCUGCUCUCAAGGAUCUAAGUGCUGUGGAGAUAAUUGCAAGUGCUGUGCUGAACAAUGCAAGUGCACUGGUGGAUCCUGUCAGUGUGACAAGGAAUGUGAAUGUGCCCACUGCAAGCAGGUGAGACAAACUAGUGGAUGCUGCUCUCAAGGAUCUAAGUGCUGUGGAGAUAAUUGCAAGUGCUGUGCUGAACAAUGCAAGUGCACUGGUGGAUCCUGUCAGUGUGACAAGGAAUGUGAAUGUGCCCACUGCAAGCAGGUGAGACAAACUAGUGGAUGCUGCUCUCAAGGAUCUAAGUGCUGUGGAGAUAAUUGCAAGUGCUGUGCUGAACAAUGCAAGUGCACUGGUGGAUCCUGUCAGUGUGACAAGGAAUGUGAAUGUGCCCACUGCAAGCAGGUGAGACAAACUAGUGGAUGCUGCUCUCAAGGAUCUAAGUGCUGUGGAGAUAAUUGCAAGUGCUGUGCUGAACAAUGCAAGUGCACUGGUGGAUCCUGUCAGUGUGACAAGGAAUGUGAAUGUGCCCACUGCAAGUGCAUGAAGUAA